CCUACACAAAAUAAUAAUGAAAAAAAUGAAGAAAUAGUACCUAUUCAACCUAUUUCUUCUAUGAUAGCAUUAUCAGCUUUAGAUAAUAUUUUAAGUUUUUUGAUUAAUCCACCUGAUGGAUUUGCUGUUGAAUUAAAAAAUCUUAUGGAAAUUCAUUCUUUAUGA